GCAUUGAAAUAUGGCCGACAGAGAUACAGCAGACUGAGUUUUAGUCAGUUUUAGUACUUGCGAGUUUUAUAAUUUUGAUAUUUAAUUAGAAUUCCAUGUCUUUACUUUUGUUACAAUUGUAUUAGCGUUUAAUCCAAGUUUUGUGUCACCGCGAGUAGUAGUUAUCUCCAGGAAACGAUGGACAAUGUGCCCUAGUAACUCAUUGCUCUCGCCCAUUUCCUUUGUGAACUAAAUUGCUCCGUUUUAUGUGUCCGCGAAGUUCUUCUGAACCAUGACUUACAACUAAAGUGUUAAUGUUAUUUAAGUGAUCUUACUAGUUCUAACAAUGUUUGUAAAGUGCAUUUGAUGACCGUUUGGUUAGGUUCAGGCGGAAGUAGUGCUAGUAUUAGUAGCCGGAAUCUGGUUAGAUAUCGAGCUUGUUGAGUGCUGUUUAGUAGUUUGAGUAAUUCGGUGCUUAUAAUGAUAUAAUGGUUGAAAUAGGCGCCCCUCCGCAGCCACCCGAAGAAUGUCUCGAAAACUGUGAAUGGUACUGGGGUGACAUCACAAGAGAUGAGGCAAAUGAAAAACUUAGAGAUACCCCUGAUGGUACUUUCCUAGUUCGAAAUGCAUCAAAUAAAGGCAGUGGAUAUACAUUGACUGUCCGCAAAGGAGGAACCAACAAAUUAAUAAAGAUAUACUAUCAAGAUGGUCGCUAUGGAUUCUGUGAGCCAUUCCAGUUUGCUUCUGUUGUGGAAUUGGUCAGGUUCUACACACAGUGCUCCCUCGCACACUGCAACCGCAACCUGGACAUCACUCUUAUGUACCCUUUGUUACGAUCCCAAGAAAAUGAUGGAGGUGAAAAUGACAGUGAAGAAACACUCGAAGCAGAAUAUAAAAACAUACAUAAACAAUACGUCCUUAAAACAAGGAACUUUGAUGAAUGUUCUGACAAAUACAUGAGAUUGAGGGAGGAAGUUAAAGCUAAGAAACAAGCUCUAGAUGCAUUCAAUGAGACUGUUAAAGUUUGUGAGGAACAUCUCCGAUAUCAAGAUGAAAUGCAGUCUAAAGCACAACCACAUGAGAAAACGGAUCUUAUACAAAAUAACAAGCAGUUAAUAUCAAGAGUGAAUAGCUUGAAACAAGCGAGUUAUGAUCUACACAAUUUACUACGGGUUACUGUAAAAGAAAACUUGAAGCUUGAGAGAGAGAUAACUCAACUGAAACCACAAAUAGUAGACCUCUUCAAGAAAAAAGAUCUGCACAAAAUAUGGCUCCAAAGGCGUGGUAAAACUGAUGAGUAUUUAACAAAUUUAGAGGAGGAUAACAUACAUAAGUUAGAGGAGUUAUAUGCACAUCGUGAAAUGAAAAGUUGGAUGGUAGAAAAUUGCACUCGCGCCCAUGCAGAGAAAAUUCUAGAUGGAAAACCUACUGGCACAUUUUUAAUACGCCCAAACUCUGGAGGGCAACUUGCACUAUCUAUAUGUUGCAAUAACAUUGUCUACCAUUGCAUUAUAUUCAAGACUGAAAGAGGUUAUGGUUUUGCAGAACCAUACAAUGUUUACAAGACAUUAAAUGAGCUUGUUCUACAUUACGCCAUUAACUCGCUAGAUGAACACAACGACCAACUCCGAACCACACUCAAGUAUCCCAUCAAUGCUCAUCUAGUUAGCAAGCCAGAGAAGAAACAGUCACAUGAAAGUGAACAUAUGGAAGCCCAGCAAAAUCAAUCAAAUCAUCAAAUGGAGUGCCAGGCUUCACACCAGCAGAGACCUAGACAGUAGUAGUACCAAAUGAUACUUUAUGUGAGUCUUGCUGAAUCUAGUCUUCUAUUUAUAGAUAGAUGACUGGUGUGAUCUUUCACUUAUGUGAUAAAGGUAUCAUCAUGAGGUUCAAGUCAUUCCUGUAUGUAUAAACAGACAUACUGAUCUCAUGUUCCCAGAAAGAUUUUGUGUUAUUAGCCUGGUCGUUUUGUCUUUGAAAUGAUCAACAACCUGGCUAUACUCUUCUAUCGGAUCUGAAUAAUGUCUGAAAUGUGAUGAUAAGUAUGUGAUGGUAAUAAUAAUUAUGCAUAUUAUCAUGUCAUAUUUUCCAUUGCUACUUCUAUUAGAAGAGGUAUGUAAAAAUUUGAAUGGCCCAAUUAACAACGAAAGUAUAAAUUUGUAUUGCGUCCAGUUUUUGAUGAAUUUGAUUGGGAAGUCUAAGGGCGCGUGAGGGAACAGACAAAGUAUUGUAUGAAGUAUAAUAUUUUAGUUGCAUGCUUUCUGUAAGUAACUUUAGGGAAUGUCUGUCGGCCAAAUGUACAAACGCGAGUACCAAAAAUGUGUCAUGUAAAUGUUGACGCGUGUUGCGUGAAAAUCAGUGAACUCUGGAAGUUGAAUGUUAUUUAAUACUUGAUUUGUUAUUUGUGUUUGCUAAUGUGAUAUUAAUUUGUUAAAAGUCAUUUUUAGGGUUGGGAUUUAUAAAGGACAUACCUACAUCUGCAGGUACUAUUUAUACAUUUAUUGAAUUUUUUAAUUUAUUCCUCAGAAAUAUAUACAAUGCUACAUCCUACCGCGACACUCACCCUGCCAGGACUUAAUUAAAAUUUUAGAAGAUAUUUAAAAAGGACCUUAAAUUUGAUGAGUAUCAGGAAAGCUAAACUAAUAAUUGUUCAUGUAUGUGUUUCGACUAUUAUAAAAACUCAUUUGCGGUCUGAUUACCGCAACUCCAUAAAAAGUGGUGCAAAUUAGACUCGAGUCGCAGCAACAUACAAUAAUACAUACUUUAAAUGUUUUAUUCUUCAAUUAAUCAAAUCAAUUAAAGCUGAAGUAUGUUUUUCAAUUUUGAACAUUGAUUUUAUUGUGUAAAUAAAUUGAUGCGUGAUUAAUGAACAGGGAAAAAAUAUUUACACCUGGAUUUGUCCAAAUAAAUAACUGUUCAUUAAGUUUUCUUGCAAAAACUGCAGUGUUGUUUCCAUUUUGAGGUAGGAUUACGUUUUGAAAUCGUGUCCUAUACUCGACUUUGAGUCUGCAGCCAUAGUGCUCGUAUCGAUAACCUCCCAUUUAUGACUCAUGUGAUAGUAAUUAAUAACAUUUCCUCAUAUAAUGCAUAUAUUUAAAACCGAUUUUUAGAGGGUAUCUGUAUGUAUAAAAGAGAAUUAUCAUUUUAUAUCUGGAUUGCGAUCAACAUUUUGUAAUUUGAACAAAGGAAGAAUAUUGUUUUUUUUUUCUUCAUAUAAUUAAGCUUGUUGCUAUAUUAUAUUUAUAAAAUUUUGCAAUUUUUCAACUGUACAUGCAUUAACAAAAGUUUGUUUUAAGGGAAAGUGAUGAAAUGAAUCGUACUUCUUUCUUAGUGUGACGAAUUUGGUGAUAAUGUUGGCUCAUUAAUGCUCAGCAUUGUGACAUUUAUCAAUGUGUGCAACAUGUCUUUCAAAGAUAUAUAAGAAUAUAAGGAUUUUAUUACUUUUUAUGUCUGGCCAAUACGACUAAAGCAAUGGUUAAUAGGGUGAGAAUAGAGAAGAGAAUAGAGAAACAGCUAUGAGAAUAGGGUGAACUCUGGAGGUUCUGUAGCAACGCCUUGCUUAGGCACAUAAUUGUUUCUGAUAUGUGUAAACUAUUCUUGUCAAUUAAACAUACAUUGGUUAUUUGGAAACUUACACCGAAUUCACCAUUAUGGUAAUUCUAAGGUUGUAAUCAUAAAGUAGGUUUAGUGUAGGUAGGUUUAACAAAUUAAUUGAUGAAAGUUACGAAUUGAAGUAUUCUUUGAAGUUAUAUUAGUUACUUGGAGUUUCCAAGAGUCAUCAAACUUUAUAUGAGGAGUAUUAUAAAAUGAAGAGUAAAUUUUGUAUUGCAGUUCUGUAACAAUAUUGUUUAUUAUACCUACUAUUUGAACCAGUAAAUACAUGGUACGGUCAUCUAUCAAUCGAUCGAUUGUUCGAAAUGUGUUUAGAUUGUUCUAUCUAUGCAGUUGGGCUUAUUAAUGUGAUAAUUAAACACUAUAAACAUCCAUAUCUGGCUAUGAGUGUGUUAAAUAUAUUUGCAUAUACCAUUACAUUUUGAUACAAGAAAGCAGUCGAGACAUUGUUCUUCUUAUAGAAUGGUCACGUGUCGGGUACAGGUCGCCAUCAGAUUUAUCUCGGAGUGAAUGAGGUUUGGGCCAAGUGCGCCCACGGAUUACGUCCAAUGGCGUGAUACUAGGAGUAAGAGCCCUUCCACCGUGACCACACUUUACCUUUGUUUUGCUUCCUGGUAAAAGUGCGGACACGGUGGAGAGGCUCUAACUCUAACCUUUACGCCUAUACUUGUAACCCUUGACUAGGCGCCGUUGUCCCACGGCCGCACUUGGCCGACUGACUUUGUAUAUAGCACUCAUAGUCUAGGCGUUAUAGCGCGCUGAUAUAUUAUAUCCAUACUAUUUAAACGAUAAUGGUCCAAACAUUUUUAGAUCGACUAAACAUUUGGUUGGAUAUUUAUGAACUUACCUCUUUUCUAUUAUUUCUGUCAUUGCACAAGAUAUACACGAUAAUUAGUGAAAAUUAUGAAUAAAUGUAAAACAUACUAAGGCCAUUAAGUAAAGUUCUUAAUGCUAUAUAUUUACAGUAUUUAUCCAACAUUUAUUCUGAUAAUAACCUGUGUAGUUUUUUACGGACGGAUUUUACCUACUUAUAUAAAAACACAAAAUGCCUAUCUACCAUGUAAAAAAAACUAUGUUCACAGUAAUAGGUGCAAUAUUUUUUUUAUUAUACUUUAUGCAAUUUAUCAACUUUGUGUAUAUAUCGGGAUUACUUUAUUAUUUAUAGUUAUUCUUUGUAAUGGGGCGCCAUCAUAGCUUGCCCCUUUUUAUAUGAGAUUUGGCUUAAAGGGCUGGCAUCCAGGGCAUUAAAAAAACAAAAAUUUGACACAAUAAGGGCUAUCGUUUUUUUGCUCACCAGUUGGCGCCUCUGUUGAUGGUGGUCCAUAACUGUCCAAAAGACUAAAGAGGCCCACUGACUAUCAGUCCGCCGGACGAUAUCGGCCUGUCAGUUGUUCGGAACUGUCAAAUUUUUGUUCUAACUGACACACGGUGGGCUGGAUGGCUCGAAAAGAGGACAUUCGCACUUAUUUCAGAAAAUCAUUUUUUGAAAAAUGCUAUCCAAUAGAGAAUUAUAUGAGGAACAAUAAAUGUGGUAUACAUUUUUGCGAAAUAAGGCAUAUUGACAGCAGAAAAAAAUAAAGUCUGUUUUUUUUGUAUGGGACCCAAAAAUAGGUAUCUUGUUUCUCAGAAACUAUUAGAGGUCCCGUCUUCUACCUUUCAAGACUUUGUUUUUCUACUUUUAUAGAGUAAGAAACGAUAAGCAGAUUUUCUAUUCAGGUGCUGUUUUUUUUUUUUAGUCCAGUAAAAGUUAACACAUUUUCGAUUUUUUCGUUUAUGUCUUUUUUGGGUUUUUACAUUAUAUUUCGAUAGUUAAAAGUAAAAAUGAUAAUAACACAUAGUAUAUGUAACGUUUAUUAAGUUAUAAAAAAAUCCUAAGUACAUUUUUUACAUUUUUCAUACAACUAAAAAGAAAUAAUCUAAUGUUUUACAAUAGACACAUGUCAUUUAAAAUAAACAAUAAACAACAAAAAGUAAUAUGGUUAUGGUAUAAUAAUUACGAUACAUAAAUAACAUUUCUUAAAAAAAUACAUAUACCUAAAUACAAAAAUUACUACACUUAGUGAAAGUUAUUCAUUGGUAUUUUCUAACAUUUCAAAAAGAUUAUAUUCACGGUCGUCGCUCGUAUUAUUUUCUAUAAUUAGUAAUUCUAAAGCUUCGGGUGAGAGUUUUUUAGCUUUCUUAGUUAGUCGUGGCCUUAGAAGAGUUAUUUGUGGAUCAAAAGAUAUAAGAAAGUUGUGCAAAAUAUCUUCAUUCGUCAUGGUUCUGCUACAUUUUCUAGCAUGGUGUUCUCUCACAUUGCGAAAAUCUUUGUUCCUCGCUUCUGAUGCUUCUUCUGAUAAUUUUCCAAUUGGUAACAUGCCGAAAUGCUUAAUUAUGUCAGCCCCAUGUAUUAAAAGCUUGUGUACGCUAGAUGGCAUAUAAUACCACGCGUAUAACUCUUCACUUGUACACAAAACUGCAGUUUCACGACAAUAGUCAGAAAAUUUUGUUAUAUUUACAUGUUCUCCAGAAGCAAUCACUUGCAAAAUUACAUGAAAUUAAAUAUUGUAAAAUAUAAUUAACAUUAUAUGAUUCAUUUUGUUUUUGCGAAUAAUAAUUGUUUCAAGAUAAAAGAAUACUCACUAUUUCGUCUUCCAUAAAAUGAUUGAGUUGUAAAUAACUAACAACAAAUUUGAACCAAAAUCAACUGUUUCCCAAAAAAAAAAAGUAAAAAUCGUCGCAUCUGUAACUUGUUAUUAAUAUUAUAGAAUUAAACUAUCAAAAAAUAUUGUGGCAUCCCAAAAAAGACAUAAACGAAAAAAUCGAAAAUGUGUUAACUUUUACUGGACUAAAAAAAAAAAACAGCACCUGAAUAGAAAAUCUGCUUAUCGUUUCUUACUCUAUAAAAGUAGAAAAACAAAGUCUUGAAAGGUAGAAGACGGGACCUCUAAUAGUUUCUGAGAAACAAGAUACCUAUUUUUGGGUCCCAUACAAAAAAAACAGACUUUAUUUUUUUCUGCUGUCAAUAUGCCUUAUUUCGCAAAAAUGUAUACCACAUUUAUUGUUCCUCAUAUAAUUCUCUAUUGGAUAGCAUUUUUCAAAAAAUGAUUUUCUGAAAAAAGUGCGAAUGUCCUCUUUUCGAGCCAUCCAGCCCACUGUGUGACAGGCCGAUAUCGUCCGGCGCAUGGAGACUGUAUAAAGGAGCCAAAUCUCUAUGUAUGAAAAGUGUCCAUCAAAAAACAGUAAUUAGGCGGCGCCACCAUACACCGAAAUACUACCAAAAACAACCUACGUAAUAUGGUCGGGUUAUUUGUUGCCUAAUAUGGUUCAUGUUAUACUCAUGUCCCAGAGCCUAACUAGCGCCACCCGGAGAGAUUAGGAACUAUUAUUUAAAGCUUAACGCGGUCACUUUUACAACAAUUCUGCCAUAAGAGAUUGCGAUCCUUUCUAUACCAUCCAUAGUCCGGCGGACUGAUAGUCAGUGGGCCCCUUAAAGAACAGCUGUCAGUCAUUGAAGUGACAAGUGACAUCUGGCAUUUCGAACUAUGGAAAAGACCACCAUCUACACUAGCGCCCCUAGCGGCGAAUUCAUACGCGUUAGCCCUCAUUCUAGGGAUUGACAGGGCAAGCUAUGCUGGCGCCAUCUGCUAAACACUUCGACCUGCCAACCCCAUUACUUAUAAGGGCCUAUUCUGAGUUAACUGGAAGAGCGUCAGGGCUUAUUGAAGAUCUGUAAAACUGCUUACAAUUCACUAAUAUAUACAUGAAAAUUUACAAUAUUGACGUAUGUUUGCUAUGCCGGCCAUAAACCGUUAUAUUAUUUCUCUUGACAAUGUCAUGAUGGGGUCAGUCUGUCUCCUAGUUAUUUUGAAAGCGCCCGCGUUGGACUAGUGAGUAAACUGACCAUAAUUAACGCAUUUACUGCCAGUGCGCGCUACGAGCUUAUUCGAUUACGUGGUUUAUCCGCUUUGUAGCGUAAAGCGGUUACGAACAGAGAACCCGCCUACUACUCGGUCUCUGGCAGUGAAUGUGUUAAUCAUGUGAUCAAAUGUAGGUACAAUCAGCAGCAGAAAUAUUGGUACCUAGUAAAAUGAGAGCUUGUUCAAAUAAUUUUGAGAGCUUUAUCAAUAUAGUCCUUAUUUAAUUUCUAGGCAUCCUUUGUACCUUAUCGCAAUUUCAUUAAUUUAACACCAAUAAUUAAUAUAAAAUUUUUAUAAUUUAUAAAUAAAAUACAAAAUUUGAGAAAAUCUUAAAAAAUAAUAAUAUAGUUGUACAUGUAAAAAAUCCGCAACGCAGGCUUCGUCAGGUGGCUACAAAUGCAAAUCAGCAACAUGCUUCGUCCCAAAAAUACCAAUGAUGAUAUCCGCAACAGGCUUCUACAUUUUUUAAAUAAUAAUAUUAAUCAAUUACUGAGCUAGGUAUGUACUGAUUUGCAAGAAUAUUGAGAGUAUUCCUCUGCAUGUUUAUAGUCACUGUGACUGUGACAAUGUACAAAGUGAUCCAGAAUACAAAUAGGUGGACGUCACUUGUGUAGUAUGAAUUAUCUGAAAUGAUUGUUUGGCCUCAAACCCUAAGCUGUUAAACAAAAGGCAUUGUUUCUUUUGUGCAACGCGGUGGCUACCCUAAUUUCUCAUUAGUGAGAAGGAUCAAGCCCGUUUAAAAGGCAAUUUUCGCGUUCUACACAUGGCUCUAAUUUGUGUAACGGUUUUUUAUUACCUCCGAAUAUUACUCUUAACUGUCGUACUACAUUACUCAAACGUGUUAUCUCUGAAUGCUGUUACAUGAAUUCGAACCUACGCUUAAGUGGCUACGCUAAAACGGGCUUGAUCCUUCUCACUAAUGAAAGUUUAGGAAGCCUGCGCGGUGAACAAAAUAAACAAUGCCUUUUGUUUAAUAGCAAAGGUUUGAGGCCAAAAAAUCAUCUCAGUUCAUAAUAUAUCUGCUUCUGACUUGUACAUUAUACUUGUACAUGCUAGUAACGACGACCGGUUCUAAACUAAUUCAGAAAAAGCGGCGUUAUACGUUGUUGCACAUUGAAUUGUGUAAUAUAAAUUUAUUUAUCAUUGUAAGUUAUAAAGUUAAUAUAAUGAGAUUUAUUCGAGUUAUUUUUGUAUACCUACAUGUCUAAUAAUUAUGCAUGAAGAGUCCAAAAGUAGUUUCAGGAUGGAUGUAAUUUCUGUGAAGUACCUAUUUUAUGUAGAUGUUUUUGAUCUCAAAGGCGAAUUUUAAAUUUUAAGAUAAGGUACCAUUAAAGUUAGGGGCAGCCAAAUCGGUUGCAUUCAAACAUAGCUAUUCCUUUCAGUCGCCAUUUUAUGUAAAAUUAUAAUUGUAGUAUGUUUUAAUAAGUGUUAAUAAACAAACAAAUCAAC